CUGCGGGGCUGCGGAAGCGGCUGGCCCAGGUUUGCGGAUCGCAGGCGCCAAUCGGGGUUUUGCACAAGGCCAGCUCUGGAGCCGCCGGCAUGCUGCGUCCCAAGGCUUUGACCCAGGUGCUAAGCCAAGCCAACACCGGCGGCGUCCAGAGCACCCUGCUGCUGAAUAACGAAGGGUCACUCUUGGCCUACUCCGGUUACGGGGACACGGAUGCCCGGGUCACCGCGGCCAUCGCCAGCAACAUCUGGGCCGCCUACGACCGGAAUGGCAACCAGGCGUUCAAUGAAGACAACCUUAAAUUCAUCCUCAUGGACUGCAUGGAAGGCCGCGUAGCCAUCACGCGUGUGGCGAACCUUCUGCUGUGCAUGUACGCCAAGGAGACAGUUGGCUUCGGGAUGCUCAAGGCCAAGGCUCAAGCUUUGGUGCAGUACCUGGAGGAGCCACUGACCCAGGUAGCAGCUUCGUGACGGACAUCAAGGAAGUGGGAACAAAGCGGAGAAGUGAUCCCUGGGAACCUUCCUGGACAUUGCAGGGUGGGGGCAACGUGGGGCUUUUGUUUUUGUUCGAGAGGAAAUUCAGGAGCCGGAAUGAUAGCACAGCAGGUGGAGCACUUGCCUUGCAUACAGCUGACCUGGAUCGAUCCCCGGUAUCCCAUAUGGCCUCCCGAGCAGAACUAGGAGUAACCCCUACGCAUCGCUGGUGCGGCCCGAAAACCAAAAUAAUUAGUU